UGGAUGGUUGUUUUAAAUACGACGAUGGCGGUCAUCCCAGUCUGCGGUAUGGAGCUUUAUAUUUUGACGACAGUAGUGACGAUUCGUAUGUCGAUAUAUCGAUCACCGAAUCCAACAAUAUAAACCAAUCGUUUGCUCUAACACUCCAAGUUUAUCCCCAGACCCAAACAUGCGCCAUCAUGCAUUACAAGUCUGAUACUUACAAAUCUUCGGAGAUUUCAAAUAUUCAAGUCCGAUUUCUGAACGGUAGAUUAUCUGUCUUUAUGAACGGUGUCGGAACGGUGUUAAUGGACAGCUACAUGUCUAAUAACAUGUGGACUAGUCUAGCUUUUAGUUAUGACUACGACACCGGUAAACUUUACCUGUAUAAAGAUGGCCAACAGGUGGAUGUUGAUUCCGGUCCGGUAAACAGAGUAUUAAAUGUUCCUGGUGUUCUCAGAUUGGCUAAUCCACAGUUUGGUAAGGAUCAAUUUAAAGGGAUGAUGACGUGUUUAUCUUUGUAUGACGUUGCAACAGGAUUUAACUCACGUGUGGAUGACGUAUUAACGUAUUGUAACGCCACCUGGACUUCUCCACCACCAACAGUUCCGACUUGUUUUGAAGAAACACCUGUUUAUCUAUGGCCUCUAGAUGAUACCUUAUAUGGGUAUGAUGUGAUGACAUCACGUGACCCUGUCAAUAAGGAAUGCUGUUUCCGAUACAACAAACCCCACACCACACUUCCUAAUAACGCCAUGAUGUUCGACGGCUCGGUUUUCUCAUUGGUCGAAACAUCGUUAAAGUUAUCUUCCCUUAACGAAGAUUUCAGUAUAUCAAAUUUUCUAUAUUUAAAUGAAAAAUCUACUGGCACCAUCUGGCACAUUUCAAGUUCAUUACUGGAUAUAAAACUGACCCUACUAGAUUGGAAAUUGAAAGUAGAAGUCUCAAUGUUGGGUACAAAAUGUGCGGAUUUUACAUUCAGUAAAGUUCUAUCGCCUAAUACGUGGCACCCAAUGUCUGUACAACGUUCGGGAAUGGCCCAAAGGUUGUCAAUCAUUAUUGACGACACGGAGCAAUUCAUGACCGACACUUGUGUAAAAAUGUCCGACAGCACCGAGUCAGCAAGAUUUGUUAUUGGCGGAAGUCUGAAUGAUGUGGUGAAUUUUCGUGGGAGUAUCCGUUGUCUGGGUGUAUUUGAUAGUUGGCUACAUCCUUCAAGAAUCAGAGAACGUCUGGAAUACGUCUGUUCAAAUAUUGAUACACUAGCAGCCAAUCCGUGUGCGAUAACACCACACGUCAGAAACAUCUUAUUCACUCUGUUUCAAAAUGACGUCGUACCGGAUGUAAACAUCGAGCCAAUGACAGCCUUCGACUCAACAACCUUCAGCCAAUGUUCAGCUCUGUGUGUUCAAACCCGAUUCUGUCGUGCUUUUAGUUUCAAUGUCAACAGGUGUAUUUUGUAUGAUUACGUCACCACACAAAGUUUCAAAACUGUAACUGGAUCUAGAUAUUAUAUUGGAUUCUGAACCAAACUGAUCAAACUUUUAAUUUCAAUAUCAGUUGGUAUUUUAAAAACUUAUACUGGUUUCUGAACCGCGCCUAGAAAAAAUAAACCAUACCGAUCAUGAGUAAAUAUUCGCUAGGCCGCACAAAUAACUGACAUGGAUGACAUCCGGGCGAGUUAAUUAAUUCUGCUAAUUAAAUUCUAAAACAAUUUUUUAAGAAAAACAAU